UGCUUUGAGUGACAGCGUAACCAUGGCAAAUAAUUUGACUAAGGCUAUUGUCUUAUCCUCACCAUCCCCGGGUCAGAUAACCGACCAAUCAGAGUUCAUAUAAUCGCCUGUCUUGCCAGCUUAGAAUAAUAUUAUUAAAACGAGCCAGCGAGCCCGGUCUCCGGGAGUAGGUUAUGUUGAAACGGCAUAGAAAAGGUGGAGGAGGACGGUGGAAGGAGUAGCAACUUUCUCUCUUUCUCACCAACUUUAUGAGGAUUUGUCGCCUGGGGUUUUGCAUGGCUGAAUGGACUUGAGUUUAUUCCACAACACGCAGUUGGAUAUUACCUCACCUUGGGCUGUUUUAAGCUUUAAGUUGCUCUUUUUGGGACAUUUUGUCGCUUAUGGACUUAAUGCGUUUUGAUUUAAUGUGAGACUGAGUGGAGAGACGUGGGAGUAAGGCACAAUAUAAUCUGUAUUGAUUUACGUUGUCGCCAUGUCCAUGCUUCCGACGUUUGGUUUUACGCAGGAACAAGUGGCGUGUGUCUGCGAAGUCCUCCAACAAGGGGGGAACAUCGAGCGGCUGGGGCGCUUCCUCUGGUCCCUCCCGGCGUGCGAACACCUCCACAAAAAUGAGAGCGUCCUGAAAGCGAAAGCCGUGGUCGCCUUUCACCGGGGGAACUUCCGAGAACUCUACAAGAUCCUAGAGAGCCACCAGUUUUCGCCGCACAACCACCCGAAGCUGCAGCAGUUGUGGCUGAAAGCGCACUACAUCGAGGCGGAGAAGCUGAGAGGCCGCCCGCUCGGCGCAGUGGGGAAGUACCGCGUCCGGAGAAAGUUCCCCCUGCCCCGCUCCAUCUGGGACGGAGAAGAGACAAGCUACUGCUUCAAGGAGAAGAGCAGGAGCGUUCUGCGGGAGUGGUACACCCACAAUCCUUAUCCAUCCCCGCGGGAGAAAAGAGAGCUGGCCGAGGCCACGGGACUCACCACCACGCAGGUCAGCAACUGGUUCAAAAACCGACGGCAGCGAGACCGAGCAGCGGAGGCAAAGGAAAGAGAAAACAACGAGAACAGCAACAGUCACAACCCAUUGACUUCUUCCAUGAAUGGAAAUAAAUCUCUAUUGGGGAGCUCGGACGACGAUAAAACACCCUCGGGGACACCGGAUCACACGUCUCCAAGCCCGGCUCUGCUCCUCGGCACAAACACCGGUUUACAGUCCCUGCACGGCCUCGCGCCCCCACCAGGACCCAGCGCCAUCCCGGUACCCAGCGGUGCAGACUCGGUGCACCAUCACCACUCAUUGCACCAUGACACCAUACUGAACCCUAUGUCUUCUAAUCUAGUGGACCUUGGCUCUUAAAAAAAAAGCGCCACAGAAGGGGGACAGAGCACACUUUUUUUUUUUUUUUUUGGAAAAGUAGGCUACAAGGUGGCGUGAGACAAGCUUCAAGCACUUGCGGCAAGGUGCAAACGCAGACAGACUGGAACACUGCGAGAACAGCCACCGUAACAAAUCGUUUAGUCUCAUAUUCAACCUUUUAAGUCUUUUUUUAACAAGUGGCAAAAAUCUAGCAGUGGGUGAAAUACCUCCACUUAUCCCCAAAUUAAACUUCCGCUUGUUUCUGGGAUUUUCUAGAAACAAGACAGAGCACUUAAGAAAUGUUCUCACCCUAUUGGCAUAUUUUUUUCUUUGAUUCGCUUCAGGAAAAUAUAAUUCCGAAGAUCAUGUGACUUGUUAAGACGGAUCAGUUUUGCAGUGGUGGUGCAGACGCAAGGUGAGGCGGAUAGGUCGUUUUAGGUAAAAAAAAAAAAAAUUUAAAAAAAUGAAAGAAAGAAAGAAAGAAAAACAAAAAAGUAUUUUACCGGAAUGUAAUAACGUAACAUGUUAUAUUGUUGAAAACAAUAACAAUAAAAUGUCUUAAUUCUUGUUA